AUGGAACGUGUCUCCACAGGCAGCCAAACCGUCACACUGUUUGUGCUCCUGGGUUUCCAUGAUGUCCCUGAGUUGCACCUCCUGCUCCUUUCUGUGCUCACCGCUGUCUAUGCCUCUACCAUAACUGGAAACACCUUCAUCGUGGUGGUGGUGCUCAACUCCCACAGGCUUCACAUGCCCAUGUAUUUCUUUCUGGCCAAUCUGUCUGUCAUGGAGAUCCUCUACGCUUCCACAGCAAUCCCCAAAAUGCUGGAAGGCUUCCUACAGGAGGCUGCCAUCUCUGUGGCUGGCUGCCUGGUCCAGUUCUUCAUCUUUGGCUCUCUAGCCACAGAUGAGUGUUUCCUUCUGGCUGUGAUGGCCUAUGAUCGCUACCUGGCCAUUUGUCAGCCCCUGAGGUAUCCAUUCCUGAUGGGGCCUCGGUGGUACCUGGGGCUGAUGCUCACAGCCUGGCUGUCUGGCUUUAUGGUAGAUGGACUCAUUGUUGUUCUGAUGUCCCAGGUGAUGUUCUGUGGCCCCAACCACAUUGAUCGCUUUUACUGCGACUUCUCCCCUUUGAUGCUGGGCCUGGCUUGCUCAGAUACUGGAGUGGCCCAGAUGACGACAUUUACUCUUUCUGUGGUCUUCAUCACUGUCCCCUUUGGACUGGUUCUGGUCACCUAUUCUCGGAAUGGGGUUGUGCUGAGAGUCCCCUCUGGGGCCAGCAGGACAAAGGCUUUCUCCACAUGUUCCUCUCACCUGGUGGUGGUGUCCACAUUCUACGCAAGCCUCAGGGCCUUGUACAUUGCACCCUCUGCUAUCCACUCCCAGCUCCUCCCCAAGGUCUUUGCCCUGCUCUACACAGUAGUCACCCUGAUCUUCAACCCUGUUGUCUAUACCCUGAGGAACCAAGAAGUUCUUCAGGCACUAAGAAGGCUUCUCUGCUGCAAACCAAUUGAGGUGUGA